UUCAAACAUGAAGGUGUUUUAUCAAACUAUUUUGGGACUGGCGCUUAUUUUUGCCAUACUAAGUUCUUCUUUGACUUACGCCACACCAUUAGAUGACAAUAAGUCGGAUGAGUCUCUCCUAAGCGAAAAUUCGGAAUCGGAUGAAUCUGUGCCCAAUGAAAUUCAACAGGAUUAUCUCAAUGUGGCCAACUACGUUACCCCGACUCCUCCAUGGUGGUGGAACUAG